AUGCAUGAAGCUACUGGUGGCAUAGUUGAGUAUGUUUUUGAGGGCGGAGAUAGACAUGAUGGAGGACAAGUUGCAAAAGUUGUUAAAGUGGCACUGGAGUUAUCCAAGGCUUGGCUUGGGGUGGUGAUGAGGUUGCUUGCAAGUGGUGGAACAGAUGAGAUGCACCAUUUAAAGUGCAAAGCUUUGGAAGAUACAAUGCAGAUCUGCCUUUUGGGUAAAGGAAAUAUCCCAUCCGGCUUAGUGGUGAAGCUGGAUGUCAUUGGGAUGGGGAUCAGUGGAAAGUUUUCAUCAGAAGGCCCAUCUAAUGCACCAUCUGUCAAGUACUUUGAUCAAACAAUACAAAAGUUUGGAAGAGAUAGCUCAUCAUCAUCAUCGCCUGAAAAUAGGGCAGUGGUCGCUUCUGACCAGUCUUCUGCGAUGAAAGAAUCACCUAGGUUGCUAUCUUAUAUGGUGUUGGGGAUGAUGAUGGAGGAGGAAAAGAGACCUGUGAUUGCAAAGAUGGACACCACAACUGUGGACCCAACUAUUGUUAUCAUUGUUAUCAUGUCCAUUGAAUGGCGGGCAGCCGCUGUGGACAACCAAUGGUAUUUUGGGACCGGGAUUUCCCGGUUCAUUUAUUAG